CCCAAUUCGCCAUCAUCGGCGACAGGAGCGUUUGGCAGUCAUUACCAACUACUAGUCUCCAUCAGGCCGACCCAUGCCUGGUCUUCUUACCCACUACCACUCCCACUUUCUCUCUGAUCACUGAAAACGCACGUGUCAUAUCGGAUAUGAAUGGCAAAAAACGUACGCGCACGGUCGACGGCACAUGCUGGCCUUGUCGCAAGCGCCGAAUCAAGUGCGAUCUGGGGAAACCUCAGUGUCGGAGAUGCAUUCUGAACGGCACAGCAUCUGCCUGCCAUUACAACGCCCUCGAUCUUCGCUGGAAGAUUGCCGCCACCUCCAAGUCUGAUCACGUACCCACCACUCCGCCCGUCAGCUCCAUAUCCGAUGGAACUUCUUUGGCCAUCAAUGAGAAGAGGGCAAUAGACUACUUCGUGGCUCGGCUCUGGCCUUUGCUGUCCACCUCGGGCCAGCCAUGCAAACCACCAGUCUCUCUCGGUCUUCGCUUCAAACCCGUCCUCCAAACAAUAUGCGUCUUCUCCGACUCGCACCGCGCACAGGACAUGAAUACAUCAGAACAGACUCUGACUUACCAGCGCCUGGCCUGUUUGGGGUCCAUCCGAGAAUACUUGGAUAGGAAGGACGUCGAGAGAAGCCAUCUUUCUUCACUCCUCACCGCCGUCAUCCUUCUCUACUUUCUGGAUGGCUUUGUGGACUGCGCACAACGACACGCAUCCACACAAUUCCAUCAUGCUGGCGCCAUCGCUAUCCUGACUGAACUGGGUGGCUUUCAAAAGGCGCGUGCCACCUCUUCCAAAGCAACAAGUAUGUUGCUGAGUGAAUUCGCGACCACAGAUCUAACUGCUGCUCUUCUCCAAUCAAGAACACCAUAUCUGCCGGCCAACAUCUGGAGAGAGAUGGAGCUGCAACAGCCCGUGUGGUGGGAAGUGUCUGAUAUACCAAAGUCUCUCGCAUCGGUCUUCGAAACAAUGGCGGAAAUGAGUUUCUAUCGUCAUUCCAUAGGAGAAGAACAGGCGGUCUGCUUCGAGAAGGUAGCGAACUUCGAAAAGACGCUUCAGCCUAGCUAUUUGGUGAUUGGCGACGCAGUCAGCAUGGAUGCCGGCGACAGGUAUGAGAUGUCUCUCACAAUGGCCACAUACUCGUUUUGUCGAGCUUUCCAACACGCCGCCCUCAUCUAUCUAUACAGAGCAAUCUGCAAAAUGCCAACCAGCCAUGCUUUGGUUCAACAACACGUCCAUGGAUGUUUGGAGUGCAUCCGCGGAGUCGAUUUCCUGCCAGAGGUCCAGAAGUGCUCUUUGUUCCCAUUAUAUGUCGCUGGUGCUCAUGCCUUGACUGAAGUCCAUCGGACCUACGUGAUCGAGAAGUUGGAUAGCAUCUAUGUCAAUCUCCGCUUCGAAUCGGUGGUCAGCAUCCGGGCAAAUCUAAUCCAGUUAUGGGAGAAACCAUUGGAUAUAUCCGACAGCACGUGGAGUGAUACAUUCAAGGAGUUCACGGGAAAGACAACAUUGGUUCUGUGA